AUGCCUUCCUCCUCCGAGCUCGCCCUCAUCAGGAAGUAUCCCGCUACACCCUACAAGGACCUGCAUGCCCUCACCAAGGCCAUUGCAGAUCUACACAAAAGACUGGAAACAGAAGAUGUGAGCCAAUAUCUUUCUUUCAAGAAUGUUUCUCUAAAAGAGUUUCGAUUCAUUGAAAGUCGUCGAAAGAAACUGGGCAGCGCAGUCCGUUUCACUUACUAUCCUGAAAUUAGCACCCUCGUACUCAAGGUGGUUACCAGCACCACUGAAACUGUACAUGACAGUCUCUGCCACAUUAUAUCGACCAAACUCGCUGACAUGAACAUCGAUGACAAUCAGUUCGUGUCCCUAGGAGCCUCAGAAUUUGAAGGACCAUGGGGCGCGAUCAAAGAAGGGGACAGUGCCUUCAAGAAUCCUGCUAUCCGAUCUGACAAGCGUGACUGGCCUUCCUUUGUGGUGGAAUCUGCAGUGUCUGAUGAUUCUAUGCCACGUCUGCGGCAGGAUGCUGCGUGGCGGAUUGCAAACUCUGUUGGGGAAGUUAAAGUUGUCUUGAUCAUCAAUGUGUUAAUGCAAACAAAGUGCAUUGUGCUUGAGAAAUAUGGCCCCGAAGAUCAAAAGUCUCCUAACACUAGGUCUCAGUCCAAGGGAGGCCCAAAUGAUUAUCGGCCUGUGUUAAAAUCCACGACUACAGUGAAUUAUGGAGCUGAAACACCCCAUGUGGAGGGUGAUUCAGUCAAGCUAGGAUUCAAGGACCUGAUGGGGAGAUCAAGGGGGCCAUCUGAAGGGGAUGUUGAGAUCGGUCAUGCUGAGCUGUUGGAGCUUGCUGGGUUAGUUUUUGAAAAUUAA